GGGAGAGACCGGGGCAGAGAGGCCUGCCCAGCUGGCUUGGACGUGGCCUCCUGGGCAAACAGAGGGGGAAGACUGGUGUUAACAAGAGGGAUCUUACGCCCACCUCCCUCAGAACCCGAGCCAGCAUUUCUCAAGCAGCGAGAUGGGAUGCAGAGAUUGACAAUGGAGCAGAAGCUCGGGAUUGCUGCCCCAGCCCUUCCCUGGAACCCAUCUUUAUGAUAUUCCCCUAGCAUCAUCACCAGCCUAGGACCAACCGGCAGAAAUCUGUCCACUGCUGCCUCACGGCCAUCAGCAGAAAGCGAGCCGCCUGACCAGUGACAUGUCUCCCCUUUCCCCGGAGCCGGGACCCACCAUGUUUCCUUCGCUCGUCACCUUACUGGUCUUUGGAUUAUGGUUGAGCCAGCGGAUCAGGGCGCAAGAAGGUACGCUCCCCAGCCCCACCCUCCAGGCUGACCCAGGCCCGCUGAUCCCUCUCAAGAAGCCCGUCACCCUGCGGUGUCAGGGAUUUCCUGGGGCUGACAUGUACCGGCUCAGGAAAGAAGGAAGCUCUCAGUACAGAGAUGUGGCCACGACCAGGAGGGAGGCCGAGUUCCCCAUCCCGUCCGUGGUGCCGAACACGACCGGGAGCUACUACUGCCUCUACAAAAGCCAAUCCCACUGGUCACAGCCCAGCCAGCCCUUGCGGCUAGUGAUGACAGACUGGUAUGAUAAACCGUCACUCUCGGCCCUGCCCAGCCCAGAGGUGUUCUUGGGAAAUAACGUUACCCUCCGCUGUCGGUCCCAGCAGUGGUUCGAAAACUACGUGCUGCACAAGGAGGGAGAGGCCGGAUACACCCAGAAGGAAGGAAAAUGGUAUCGGGCCGACUUCCACCUCUCCGAGGUGACAGCUGCUCAGGGAGGCUCGUACAGGUGCUACAGCUUUCACCUUGACACCAUCUACGAGUGGUCGGCCCCCAGUGAUCCCCUGGAGCUCAGGAUCAGAGCCACCGAUGAGCCUCAGCUCCAUGUCUCCAGCAAGCCCUUGAGUUCGGCCAACUCGACAACGAAUCCUGCGGCCCAGAAUUACACGGUGGGAAAUCUCAUCCGCCUCGGCCUGGCUGGGCUGGUCCUCAUCAUCCUGGGGAUCCUGCUAGUGGAAGCCCGGUGCAGCCAGAGCGGGGCACUGAGAAGCGGCCCAGAAGUCGCUGCCCAAGCGGCCAUCCCAGGCCAGAGAGCGAAGCAAAGUUUGGGUCCAGUGAAUUUACAAGAUUUGUAAAGUGCUUCUUUUUUUGGCCAUCCCGAACACUGACAGACGUGCCCAAGUGUCUGGUGUUCUCAUUGUUUGCCCAGAUUCAAUAAAGGGAGCACCGGGAUCAUUCUAA